CGGCGCUUGGAGUUGCCCGGGUCACGUGGGGUGGGGCCGGCGGAGCUGAGGGGAGGGGAGCGGAGCCGCGCGGCCGGAGCUGAGGGGAGGCGGCAGCGACACGAUGGGGCAGUGCGGGAUCACCUCCUCCAAAACCGUCCUGGUCUUCCUCAACCUCAUCUUCUGGGCAGCAGCAGGCAUACUGUGCUACGUGGGAGCCUAUGUGUUCAUCACAUACGACGACUAUGAUCACUUCUUUGAAGAUGUCUACACGCUCAUCCCAGCAGUUAUUAUCAUAGCUGUGGGAACACUUCUUUUUAUUAUUGGACUUAUUGGAUGCUGUGCCACAAUUCGUGAAAGUCGCUGUGGACUCGCUACGUUUGUGAUCAUCCUGCUCCUGGUUUUCAUUACUGAAGUUGUGGUGGUGGUUCUUGGAUACAUCUAUAGAGCAAAGGUGGAAGAUGAAGUUGAUCAUAGCAUUCAGAAGGUAUACAAUGGAUACAAUGGGACAAAUCCUGAUGCAGCCAGUCGUGCUAUUGACUAUGUACAGAGGCAGCUGCGCUGUUGUGGGAUCCAUAACUACACAGACUGGGAGAAUACUGUCUGGUUCAAACAAACUAAGAACAACAGUGUGCCACUUAGCUGUUGCAAAGCAACUCUCAGCAAUUGUACUGGCAGUUUGACCCGUCCAAUGGACCUUUAUUCUGAGGGCUGUGAGGCUCUGGUUGUAAAGAAGCUUCAAGAGAUAAUGAUGUAUGUCAUCUGGGCAGCACUAGCAUUUGCUGCUAUUCAGCUUCUGGGCAUGCUGUGUGCCUGUAUAGUAUUAUGUAGAAGGAGUCGGGAUCCUGCUUACGAACUUCUCAUCACUGGUGGAACCUAUGCCUAGAAGACAAUGCAAACAACAUGGUUCAAUCUUAUCUCACUUGUGUGGAAGGUGAAUGGGCCAGGUCUGCUGCAAUAGUUUUCUUGUCCUAAGCUUAGAGCACACCUUUCACAGAUGAGGAGAGCCGUACUGUACACUGGUGACGGGCAAAGCAACUCAGCUUUACACACACCCAUAUAUACCUGUGACUUUCACUGUUCUAGCCAGCAAUUCAUGUAUCUAAAUGUUUUAGUAUACUAGUAAACUUUCUGAUUUCAAAACUAUUUGCAAGUUAAGUGUAAAUUGGCUGAUGUGGAAGUCAAAGGAUGUGUGCCUACUUUGGUAGAUUACCUCUAAGCAUUAACUGACCGAUUCUUGCAUAGAGAGGGAGACAAUUUGUUAAACCUUCACUACAUGGAACUUUUUUGGCCAAAGUUGUACAAAGGAAGCCAGCUGUAUUUGAUUUGAGAAGUAUUUUAGGCUUGCCCCUCACCAGUGUCACUUUUUAAACACUGAAGUGAAGUCCAGUACUCUUAUAUAUAAAUAGUAAGACAAAAACUAACCAAAAUCUUAGGAUCAUGCAACUGCAGUUUCGACCUUCAGAGAUCAAACCUUCCAAGCAUUAGUGUUUUAAAAUACAAGCUGGCUUUUCAGGAGUAUAAUGUAUGCACUACUGUUCUAUAAUGAAAUAUUUCAUUUUUCUAUGAGGAGCGGUUUUAUGUGUUGAGUGAGCUGUAGAGUGUAGCUCUUAAACUGGUUUGGAAACAAUGUAGCCAUGUAGAGUAGCAAAGUAGUAUGUGAAAGUGAUCUCAACUGUAAAUAGUGAACCUGAUUAAAUAAAUCUCUGUAUAUCCGCCCUAUAA